CGCAAGACCGUUGCGCGAAAAAAAAUCAAAAUAAAAAACAACAGUUAUUUAUUCCUAUUUCUUAUCCAAGACAUUAUGAGUGUAAAGGGGUGACAAAGGGAGAGACAGGUAUGGCGAGCAAGAAGCCCGUGCGACAGGCUGCAAAGAGAAAGAUUGCCUCGGAAACUGAAGAUUCAGAUUCUAGUAUUAAAGGAGAAAAGAAGAUACGAAGUUGUCCUAAAUCUGGGUGUCCCUCCCCAACUCCAAUAUGUUUUGCCAGGGCAGCUUCUACAUGUUGUGGCAAUGGAUACACUUCACGCUGGUACCAUAUAUCUGCCGGAGAACACUUCUGCAAUGAAUGUUUUGAGCAUUUCUACAGAAGUCAUAAUUCCGGGUAUGAGAAAUACACGGCAUGGAAGAGGAUGUGGUCACAAUACGGAGGUACGGAUAACAGUGUCAAGUAUUACAUGGCCGACCAGCUCUUACCAUAUUGGGUUCAGUGUAACCUGUGUGAGAAAUGGAGAAGUGUAUUCCGUGAGACAGAAAUAACACCAAGAUACCUGAAAAAUUAUGUGUGUACGAGAGUGCUUAAGAAUCAGUCACAAGAUGAUGCAUGUGACAGUCCAGAGGAUUAUAGGAUUGAGAUGGCAAAGGAAGCAUACGUUUGGCCGUUCCAUCUGAUCAUUCCAUUGUUCGUGAAGAACGCGAUUUAUGCGCCCUAUGUACGAGAUUUCUUCCAAGAUUCUGUUGGCAUCAGUCCAUCUGACACAUCUGUACAUAAAUAUAACGAGGGAGUGAUGGAGGUGCGGCAGUACCUGCAGCCAUUCCAGUUUGUUGAAGACAACAUGGCCAUGGCUCUACCUCCAGAUCAACUCUCUGAAGACGAAUUGCUGUAUUUCCCAGAAUUCAAAGGGAUCUUCCUAAAAUUCUACCUCAUUAUUCGUAACACAAUUAUGGUGCUGUGGAACCUCAAUGUUAAGAACUGGGUAUCAAGAGAGCGAUGUAUGAACUAUGUCAUCAUGAGGGGUCUGUCUCGAGUAUGGAUUACGAUACAUGUGGACCGUAUACUAGCAUACUUGACAUUGAAAGGUUACAUAAACCACGGUGUGGCUCAAGUUCCCAAGGAAAUAGAAUUUGUUGAACUAUUAGAAGAAAACAUUCAAAAGCAUCCUGUGAUAAUUAUUGGAGCGGGUCUUUCAGGACUUGGUGCUGCCAGACAGCUCACGAACCUUGGCAUUCAGGUGACAGUGAUCGAGGCUGGGGAUCAUAUUGGAGGUCGGGCUGUUGACGAAGGAAGCUCAAAAUUUGACACUCAGUCUCACAUGGUGGUUGGAUGUUAUAACAAUCCUGUUGUAGUAUUAUGUAAACAGGCAGAUGUGAAACUGAAAGAACUUGGCGAUGAUUGUGUUUUAUUGUCAGACGGAGGCAAAACUGUUGAUGAUAAACUAGACAAACGGAUGCAGUUCCAUUUUGAAGCUAUGUUGGAUAUAAACAAACAGCUAAGGAAAGAACAGGAGAAAGACAUUAGUCUCCUAGACAGAUUUACAGAACUUCACAACCAGUUCAAAGAUGAAUCGGGCAUCAGAUUCACAAAGCUUGAAGAAAAUUUGCUGAGAUUUCAUCGCAGUAAUUUAGAGUACGCCUGUGGUAGUAGCCUCUCCAAUAUAUCGUCUCUCUACUGGGACCAGAAUGAUGACUACCCACAAUUCCAUGGGCCUCCGGUACUUGUACAAGAUGAUUUCUCUAAAGUCCUCAACAAACUUGCUGAAAACAUACCUGUGGUCAAGAAUUCACCGGUAACAAUGAUAGACUAUUCGGAGGAUGCAAUAAAUGUCACUUGUUCCUCUGGAGACAGCUUCCUCGCAUCUAAAGUAUUAGUUACAGUACCUUUACAAGUGUUGAAAGAAGAUAAGAUUAAAUUCAACCCGCCCUUACCCGAUUUCAAGAAAGUAACACUUGGUUGCGGGAGUGUAGAGAAGGUUAUGUUAGAAUUUCCAAGUAAGUUUUGGAGCAAGACUGUGAAAGAGUCUGCCAUGUUUGGCCAGAUAUUAUCUACCUCAACUGUACCAGGAUUGUUUGAUGUCUUCUAUGAUAUAUCACAGGAAGACAAACCAAUGCUGGCUACAUACAUAUCCGGUGCUGCAGUGAAUAUUCUCAAAGAAAAAACAGACGAGCAGGCUAUUGAAAUGUGUAUGGAAAUCCUUAGAUCUGCCUUUUGCAAACAGGAUGUUCCAGAGCCAUCAAACUAUCAUGUAUCCCGAUGGUACCAGACAGAGCAUAUAGGAAUGUCCUAUUCUUACAUACCAACCAAUUGUGGAGAGGAAGCCUUCGAUAAUCUCGAGAGAGAUUUAAAUGAUAAAAUCUACUUUGCAGGAGAGGCUACACACAAGCAGUUCCAUCAGACAUUAGCGGGUGCCUACACAAGCGGACUUCGAGAGGCAGAGAAAAUCUACAGAUCAUUUGUACAUAUCACAUGAUGCAGAAUCUAUUUACACAAGUAAAUGAGACAAAAACACAAUGUCUUGCUUCUGGCAAGCCAUGAAAAUUUGUACAGAUUGAGUUGCGGACAUCACUGGUCUAGUGCUGAGAGACGCUGAUGGAUGAAUCUCCAUUUAUCACGUUUGACAUUAUUGGAGUGAAAAAAGCCAUUACCCAAAUAUGAUAAUACCCUAGUGUAAUAUACAUGUAGCUUUGAUGUUAAGGUCGUUUUGACUGUAGGGGACGUUGGUCAAAUUUACUUGGUCUAUGAUAGUUGGAGAAAGGAAAAAUUUUGAUGUUUAAGCAGGAAAAGCUUACAUGUAAUAAAAAGAAUAUUACAUUUGUGUCUUUCCACAUUGAAUUUAUUAAACUUGUUGAAUAAAAUUGAUAAAAUGCUUGGCAGAGCCUCGGUUUUAUUAUUUUAUCCAACUUGUUUAAUAAAUUCAGUAUGAGGAGACACACGCAUGAUAUCCUCUAUAUAUUACUCGUGAGUGAAACAGUAAGAUGGAACAGUGUUUUAGGUGCCUAUCACACUGCCCCAGAUGGACUUGCAUAUGAGUUCCGGAUUCCCAUCCCCGGAUUGAUCCAGAUGGGUAAGAAAAGGGUUUUGCAAAUUUGUUACAGUAUGUAAAUAUCUAAUGCAAUUGUAACAGAACCUUAAAUAACCUUAUUAGAACUGGAAUAAAACCGUAAUAUCUCAUAUUUUUUCACCACAGUGAAGUCUUUCGGACUGUUACGAUCUUUUAAGAUCUGUUAUGAUCAUUUCAGAAAUUUUAUGGAUUUAUUACUGAUUCCUUACAGAUAUAUUAUCCAUGGCAAAAUCAUUCUUGUCCCCGGAUGCCCCCAGUUUCUGAACGGAUACACCAGAUAACUUGCGAAUGAAUUAGGAGUUCUGCAGAUGCAAUUCCGCAAGCCCAUUCGGGGCAGUGUGAUUCUAGCUUUAGUAAAGACCAAAGGUAAAUGUUAGGAAUCUUCCUAAUAGUGCAUAGUAGAUUUGGUAAUUAUCAGGUCACGUUUAUUUCAUGAUUUGACAGAGAACAGUCUUAUUUGACUUGUUAAGAACUUGUGCUCAUUAGUUUACUGAUCUUCUGGGGGUAAUGCUGUGUUAUUUUCAUGAGUGUUUUGAAUUUGCACGAGGGCAUGUUCAGGAAAAUUAGCAAAGAUAAAACUACUACAAGUCAGACCUUUAUUAAGCAGCCACUUAAGAAGCAGUGCAAUCUGGUUGCCUGAGGCAGGUAGCUUUUUAAGACAAAUUGAUACAAAAAACAAAAACUCAACUAGCUACAAUAUUGACAGUAUUUAUUUACACUGUAGUAAUACUUCGGUUAAAUGGGUAUUAUUUUCGUUUCAGUUGUAUUAGGUUGUAAGAGUUUUCUUCGUGGUACUGCUGUUCUUACGUUAUCAUCGCAAAUGAAUGGUAACCUUAAAACUUCAUGAAUAGUAACGAUAAAAAUUAUUUUUUAUGAUGGGUGUGUGUAUAAGUACCAUAAUCACCUGUAGAUAACCUGCACCUCUGUAUAAUUUGCAUUCAGCCUAUUUCAGUCGAAAUGAAGAAAAACAUAUUCUGUUUGAUCUACCUAAUCUGUAACAGACUUUUUCCCAUAAAAUUUCAGCAGUUGGAUCUUUUUGAAUUAAAAAAUGUCUUGAAUUUGCACAUUAGUGCAGUUAAUAUCUGGUAACUUGUCAUGGCUUUACAAUAAUUUUCAUGAAUUUAGAUUUCUGUUUUCGGAUCACUUGCCCCUCAGUGCUGUGGAAGUGGAACCCUUGCUUUAAGUUAAGAACUCUUUCAUGUGGGGGAUGUCAUCCAGCUAGCAUAUGAAACUUUGGUGGUUCUGCCGAGGCACCUGCCUGUGUUUGAGAUAAUGCUGGUAGAAGUGCCUGGGGGCUUCUUCCACCAUGAUAAGUUUGAAAAUUUCCAUAUCGAGGGCUUGGUGCAAAACUAUUGUAAGUAUAUAUAAAUAAAUAACAAGAUACAAUAGUUUUGUGCCAAGCCCUCGAUAUGAUCUAAGGACAAGUAAAAUGCCAGUGUGUUUUUAAAAGUCAUUUUGGCCAGAUACAAGCAAUGAACCCAGAUAAUCAGAAGGGUACAUGCAGGAAUCCUGGUGAUUAGUGAAAUAAAAGGCACAAAUUAUACUAACAGACCUUGCAACUGUAAAAACUGGUACGGAAUUCAGUUGUUUGACUGGGCAAAAGGUGUAUUCCAUUCUCAUUUUAUGUAGGGUUUUUAGUUGAAAUUUAACUGAACCCAAGGCCGGUUGAUACUCAAGUAGGUGUAGAUAUGCAGUUAGAUAUAACAGAUCAGUAUUGCGACUAGAAUUUUGUGUUCAAGAAUAAAAAGCUACAAGAUGAAUGCUGGCUCAUAUUGAGCUAUUUAGAUGUCACUGUGGGCGCGCUUGAUUUGGUGCUCAGUGCAGGUUCAGUGUGCACCGGACAAGUAGAACAUAAAUCAAGCGCACUGGUGCAGAGUUCAGAACAUGUUCUCCUUGCACCUUUUUCCCAGGUGGUGCAUGAGGAAAACAAUAUGGCCGACAAUGGCAGGAAGGUGAAAAUGAAACUGCGUAUUUUAACUAUAUGCUUCUUAUAUAGCUCUAUAAAGAUUAAUUAUUUACUUUUACUAACUACAAUGGUAUUAUUUAGACAUAGUUACAUUAUUGUUAGCUCUCCUUUUGAUGGUUUGAUUAUUUUACAAAUAUUUUUCUGAAUGAACAGAGCGGAACAUUGUUCCAAAUUCACUUGAUUCACUGGGGUAGAACACUAUUCCGGAAUUCUGCUCCGAACAAGAAAUCAAGCGCGCCCACAGUAUGUUUACAUUAGUAUAAGCUUAUGGUGUUGUAAACCAGUGUUUCUAUGUGUAGUACAAUAGUAUAUAACGGUUGAGAAUAAAAUAAUUUUCAAACUGGGUUAUUUUAAGAUAUAGAUGAUAUGUUUGGGCAAUGUCAAACUUAUCAGUAACUUAAUAUGUAAUUAUUUUAACAAAACAAGUUUUAGAAUGUUUUUCUGAAUCAAAAGAUAAGCCUUAAAAAUAUUAUAUAUUUAUGUUAUAGAACUUUAGGGGGAUAAAAAUGCCUUGAUAUGUGAAUUGUAUAUAUACCUCAUUACGUCUUCCUUCAGAGGAGAGGUGUAUUGUUUUGCUUAUGGCAGUCGGCAGGUAGACUAAAUGAUUUUCAGUGUCUUCCUGGAAUACAAUGAAACACAUGGCUAUAAAACCCCUGUAUAGUGUGGUUGCUUAGUUUCAGUAUAUGACUCCAGUUGGGUCAGGUUAUCAGAAAGUCAAGUACUAGAAAAUAGUUCCUGAUCAAUAUUGAAAAAAGCUUGGUCCUCUGACUUAAAUGUUAUAGAAUGGUAGGAUGAUGACCUGGGGCCAUAUAAUGACACAUAUUUUUGGUGGCUUGGGAGGGGCCAUAUUAAAUUUCCAGGUCUUUAGUCCAGAGGUGUUCUUUCUUAGAAAAGAUACAUAGCAAAUAACCUGAAAUCAGGUUCAGGCUUGAAAAAUGCAUGGCCUGGAAAUCGGUGUCCAGUUACUAACUGGAUAUUGGAUUGUCAGUUAAUUAUGGAACUUCGAAAAAUAAUAGAGCCGCACCAUAAGGAAACCAACAUAGUGUCUUUGUGACCAGCAUGGAUCCAGACCAGCCUGCGCAUCCACACAGUCUGGUCAGCAUCGAUGCUGUUCACUUUCAAAGCCUAUUGCAAUUAGAGAAACUGUUAGCAGACAGCAUGGAUCCUGACCAGACUGCGCGAAUAGGCAGGCCGGUCUGGAUCCAUGCUGGUUGCUAGCGCACUAUUUUGGUUUUCUUAUGGCAUGGCUCAAUAGUUUUUCUUCAAUAGUUAAACACUUACAGGGAUAGGAUGCAGGAGUCGGGUGAACUUUGAUCUGAAGGCCAUUUUCAGUUGUGAACUCACAUUUUUGGGCACAGAACCAUUUAAUGUCAUAGGAUGAGAGCUUGUGGUCAAGAGAUGUCUUGUUGUGGGGAAAUUGGAUCAGAGGUCAAGGUUACUAUGGCCUUGAGGUUAAAUACUGUUCCCUGUCAUUAACUGGAGAAUGCUUGGGUAUACUUCCAUCAAAGUUAAUUGGAUGUUUGCCUAAGAUCAAUGUACAACCCCUUAUAUGUUUGAGGUCAAAGUCAUUGUUCUCGAGACUGAAAUUACGUACCCAUUUACCUCUGACUUGGCUGUUACGGUGGUAUAUGUGUUUUACAAACGCCCAUUGUUUUCAUGUCGAGUUGGUAUCCAUUCCGAUAUAUAAUUAUGCUGGUGGAUAAUGUUGAACUCUGUUUUUUUUCAUGCAUAUUGUGUUCAGAAUUUAUGUGUUCAUAUUGUUAUACCUAAGUGAAGAUAUAUGUAACUUUUUUGAUGUUUUUAAUGAUUCAAACAUAUAUCAAUGUUGAUUUCAGUAGCAUCAUUGGUGUAAUGCUUGGCUUAACUAUUAGGGUAUAAUCGGGGUCAGUGCAUUCCGAUUUUGACAAACUUGCCAGUUUUAAUAAAUAGCUAUUUUGUACUUGUCAAUAUAAUGGUUAUAUAUUAAGAUAUGGUGAAAUUCUACUUUCUCAUAUGGGCUGUCGGACAAGCUCGGCAAGUCAGAAAAAAGAUUUUAACAUCCCUGAUAAUGGGUCUGAUAAAUUUAAAGAGGCAGUUGAUAUAUAGUAUUUCUUUACGAAGUGAGGCAAUAUUACUCAGAUUUGAACUCUCUCACUGUAAGAAUUUUUAAAAUUGGCCGAAAGGCCAAGUAGUAUCAGAUAUUUUAUAUAUCAAACAUAGUGGCCAUUUUGUUUCAGUGGUUGCUUAGAUACAUUGACAGAUUUAAAGUUCAAAACAUUUUUGAAUAGUUAAAUAAAACUGAUAAAUGAUUUUGAUAUUUCAUAUACAUUAUUGUCUGUCUGAAAAAACUUCUGACCUAUUCUGUAGGUAUCCCACUUUCUGAUUUAAUUACUUACUACUAUAGUGCUUUAUGUUUAGAAUUCAGGUAACUCUGAAUAUUGUGCAGAAAUUUGAUAAACGUCUACAGUGGCUCCUUCUGUGAGCCUCAAUUUUUUGAAAUUUCAAACUGUCUUAUGAAUAUGGGCUUUUUACCCAUGGAACUUUUGUUCAGCCUGUUAAGUUGAGGCUUCAUUCAUUAAUUUAACAAGUACAAAUUUGCUCAGUUUUGCUUUGUUGGGAUAUUAAUUUGUAUUUGAAAUAAUUAAAUUUUAUGUGUAUGAAAUAAGAGUUGUUCAGCCCAAAGCAGUUAUUUUGUUGUGAUAUGAUAAUUGAGCUGCGCCAUGAGAAAACCAACAUAGUGGCUUUGCGACCAGCAUGGAUCCAGACCAGCCUGCGCAUCCGCGCAGUCUGGUCAGGAUCCAUGCUGUUCGCUAACAGUUUCUCUAAUUGCAAUAGUACUUGAAAGCGAACAGUAUGGAUUCUGACCAGACUGCGCAGAUGCAAAGCCACUAUGUUGGUUUUCUCAUGGCGUGACUCAUAUGUCAAUUUUCACUGACCAAGUUAAAGAAUUGCAACUUUUUCUUGUUCAUUUGGAUUUGAACUUUAGCCUGCUGGCAGCAAGUGAUUCUGCCUUUGCGACCAGUGAAGACCAAUGUCAUAGUCUGCACUGUUUGCUAUUCAGCCAGUAAAUUUUCGUGAAUACCCUUUCAAAUAAUAAAUGGUACUGCCAAAAUUGAAUAAUGGACCAGUCCAUUUUAGAAAUUAAGGAGGAUAAAAGUUAAUUUAGUGGAUUGAUUCAACAACAAAGUCCUCAAAAUAUAGUCCCCUUGAAUAUUAAUGAUUUCACAGUAUUAUAACCCUUACCCUGCUAAAUUUCUAUAAUGAACUUGAGAUAACCAGACAGAUACUGACUGAAUGGCAAACAGUGCACAUCUUGAUCAGACUGCACAGAUGUGCAGGCUGAUCAUGAUCUACACUGGUCGCAAAGUCAGAAUCAGUCAUGUCCAGCAUGAUCAGGAAUAAACAAAGUAUCCAAUCAAGUCCACUGAUACAUAUUUACAAGCGGUUUCUGCACUCCUUUAAAUUCCAGCAUUUCCUUGAAGUAAGCAUAGCUUAAUGCAUGCAGCAGUAUGUUGUUAGCACUAUUGUUUGAAGCAGUGACUGAACUAUGGUCCCAAGUGAAACUGUCCAAGAAUUUAAAAAAAAUAUUCCCACUUCAAAAUAUCUGUAAUUUGUUUCUGUUGACUGAUAGAUGGGUCUCAAAUGUAUGCUCCUUGUUAUUUUAGUGUUCUAUGACCUUUGAUACAGAACAGAACAGAAUAGUAUAAACUGUAUGCUGCUUAAAUUCAUUUUGUUGCCAAAAAUCAUAUCAGUUAGUGUGAUGUUAUCGAUACUUAAGUCUAAACUUUUGCCCUGUGUUAAUCAUAAUUAUUCAAGUUUCUGUAUACAUGUAUUAUAUUUUUGGGGGUAAUGGGAGAUUUAUAUGCCCUUACCUAGAAGAAGAAGGGAUAUAUUGCUCUGCUCAUGUCGUUUGUCGAUUAAUAGACAAUUUUCUUUGUAUUUAGAGGACUGGCCUACAUUGGUCAAACUUAAUAAGGAUGAUUUCCUAGUUAACUUAAUGUUUUUGGUGGUCAUGUCAGAUGGUCAAAACAUUGAAGAAGGUUUCUGAUCAAUAAAUGCAGAACACUUUGACCUGUACUAGUCAUUCAAACUAGGUAGGAUGAUUGCCUGUGGUCAGUAGAUAACCACUACAUUUAUUGUUUUCGGGGCUAGAGGUCAGUACUGAAAUGGUUACAUAUCAAAAAUUUGAGAAUGCUUGGGCAUAUGGUCAUCAAGCUUCAGUUGGUUAGUAAAUGAUCCAUCUUCUUGAGUCAGUAUGUCAAAAUGUCAAGGUUGCAGCAACCUUUGUUCUAAAAUAGGAAUAUAAAGGUUGGGAAGAUUUUGGUGUAUGGCCAUCAGAUUUUAUAGAAUGAUGAUCAGUUGAUGAUUGCUACUGUUUUUUAAGAGGUCAAACAACAAGGUCACAAUGUACUGGAGUCUGAAAAUAACACCCCCAGCUACCUCCAACAAGCUGUCGUAGGAGGGGAGCAUGUUUGUUUUACAAGACAGCUCUAGUUUUCCUUCCUUUAUACAUAUUUUUCCUUGUUUUUCUUCCUUGCGUAUAUUUUUCUCCCAUUUUUCUUCUGUGUAUAUUUUUCUCCUCUUAGCAUUGUACUGUAUACAAUUGUUGGUAUGUUAUUAUGCUUGACAUUUGAUCAAAAUUUUACUGUAUAUGAACCUCCUUAUAAAUAUUUACCUAUUUUGAUCAAAUGUAGCACUCAUUUGUUUCUAAACAAUAUUAAAUUUUUAGCAGUUUAAGUCCAGUUUUUGAUUUUCUAAUUUCGCUAGCAUGGUUUGUAUAAUGACUUUUUCCACCUACUUUCCUUAGGAUACUUUCCUUAGGAAAAAAGUCCAGAAGUCCCAACCUUGACAAGGAGAUACAGUCAGUAGACAACAAAGUAGCACUCGUUUUACUAGUAAAGGAUUGAACUGGGCUUAAAAAAUAGCAGCUUUUUAUGCUACUAAGAUAUCUUGAGAACUUUAAAGUUAAGGUAGUUCUGCACGUUUUGAUCGAAAUCAAAUGUAUAUGUCUGUGUACUUAUUUUUGAGAUAUUUGACCAUGAUUAAAGUGAACAGGACAUUUCACGCUAAUUUUAAGACAUUAUUUUGAAUUUUUUAUCAUUUCAUAUGUUUAAAUAUCAUAUUCUUGGGUUAGAAAUAUAGUAACAGUGCUAUUAUAAUAAAGUUACUCACAGGUUUCGAUUAAUUCAUAAAUUGAUUUUCACUUCCUUACACCAAAUCCAGGCUUUAUUGUACGUUUUCCAGAUAAAUGACGUUACGCCAUCACUUCCGGUUUAUCAAACGUGCAAAACUACAUCAUAAUUCCAUUUUUGAAAUCUUUCAGUUUUCACUCAUAUGUCUAUCAUAGAAUCAUGACUCAGGCUUUUAUUUUAGCCAAAUUACACCCCUUUUCUUUUUCAACUAGGAAAAUUUUGCUAAAGCUCUUUUAUGUAAGCUAAUAUUCGGUGAAAGAGCUUCGAAUUAUCAAGUGCACUGUCAUUAGCCAGUUCUUAUUUUAUACAAAUUGCUAAAAAUUGCUAAUCCCUAUAAUCCCUGUAAAAAGUAAUAUAAAAAAAAAAGGUAUGUACCUAAGGGCUGCAUUUAGUGGAUUGCAUACGGCUCUAACCUUUAGCCUGCUCGGUAUGUGAUUUUGCCUUGGCGACCAGUGCAGACCCAAGAUUAGCCUGCGCGUCCAUGCAGUCUGUUCAUGGUCUGCACCGUUUGCUAUUCAGUCAGCAAGUUUUAAUUGAAUACCCCUUCAAAUAAUAAAUGGUACUGCCCAAUUCAAAUGAUGGACCAAUCCAUUUUAGAAAUUUAGCAGGCUAAGGGUUAGAGCAGUCUGCUUUGUGAGAAUUAUACUCAAGUUGACUAUUGUUGUUUUGUUAGACCUGUUUUAGUCUCGCACAGGUUUGUGUAUUGUUGUUUACUUUACCUACAUUAUAAUUGUUAAAACCCCUAAGUAAAAUUUGGGAGACAAAUUGAAUAUAGUAGAAUUAUUGUUUAUACUUUUGUUUAUUUUUGCAAAUAGUUUUUUUUUUUUUGUAGACCUUUUUGUCACAGUUUUGCAGUCGUGAAUAAAAUGAUUAUAACAAA